AGGGGCCGCGCCCCCACCGUGCGGGCCUUCGGGCGCAGCUGCCGGAGAGCGCCUGGGAGUGACCGUGAGCCAGACCUGAUUUCCGCCUCUUGCUUGCAAUCCUUCGGUUUGGCUAAAACAUGGCAUCUCUGUUUGUAAAGAAAAUGAUGUUUACCAUCAGCAGUCCUCUUUUCCAAAUGAGCAGGUGUUUGGCAAAACCUUCCUCAAUCUCUGCAUUCCUCUUUGCCUCACGACAAAGUACAGUUCCCAUAGAUGCAAAUCCCAUGAAGUAUAGCUCAAAAAUUCAGCCAUUUCUUUCACGUUACCUGCUUCCAUCCUUUCAACCUGCUCUUGGGUUCAAAACAAAAGCUGUUCUAAAGAAACGAUGUAAGAACUGUUAUUUUGUGAAAAGGCGUGGACGAUGGUUUGUGUAUUGUGAAACAAAUCCAAGACACAAGCAGCGACAGUUGAAGUCUCUUUGAUUUCUGGAAUGACAUCGAAAAUACCAUCCAUCCUUCAGAAAAUUUAAUUAAUUGAAGAAUGCAAAACCUGAAACAAAUGAAGCCAGUCAAAUGUUGGAAAUAAUACUAUUAAAUAACAAUUAUAUCACAAA